GAACGGAAGAUGGCGCCCGUUGUCAAAGUCAAAAGUUUAUUUUAGCAAAAUCGCACCGCACCCUGCGCUUGUCAAAUGUAGUGAGAAAAGUGCAAAAAAUAACUCAUUUUCCAAGCGAAAAAAUAAGUAAUGGUGUUCGAGUGCGGCCUAUAAAAAUUCACGGAAAAUGUCGCUGGAGACCCGGUCGAAUUCCGCCCUUUUUAAGCGGGCGGAGCAGCUAAAAAGAUGGGAAGAAUCGGACACAAAUCGGGAACCAACUUCGCCCAAGCAAAAGUCUCGAAAAGUGAAAUUCUCGGCGGGAUGCGUGUUUUUGGCGGCGUGCGCGGCCGGGGACAAGGAAGAAGUGCUCAAAUUGCUGGAAAAGGGGGCCGACAUCAACACGGCGAACGUGGACGGCCUCACAGCCCUGCACCAGGCAUGCAUAGAUGACAAUCUUGACAUGGUCGAAUUUCUGGUAGAGCAAGGGGCAGAUGUCAACCGCGGGGAUAAUGAGGGAUGGACUCCUCUUCAUGCUACUGCUGGCUGCGGCCUAAAAUACAUCGCCGAGUUUCUUAUCGAAAAAGGUGCCAAUGUAGCUGCAGUUAACAAUGAUGGAGAGCUUCCCAUCGACAUUGCCCAGUAUCAGGAAAUGGAAGAUUUAUUAAAAGGGGAAAUUAAUAAAAGAGGUAUUAAUUGUGAUGCUGCCAGAAGUGAUGAAGAAAAAGCCAUGCUUAAGGAUGCCAAGGAGUGGCUAGCUACAAAGAGUUCCUCAGUAAAUGAGGCCCAUCCUAAAACGGGCGCUACUGCCUUACAUGUAGCCGCAGCCAAAGGGUACAUCGACGUCAUGAAGAUACUACUGCAAUGCGGCGCUGAUAUCGAUGCCCAAGACGUGGACGGAUGGACACCGCUUCAUGCGGCCGCGUAUUGGGGUCAAAAGGAGGCAUGUCAUUUAUUGGUUGAAAGUCUGGCCGAUCUAGACUCUAAAAAUUAUGUUGGUCAAACCGCGUUUGAUCUUGCCGGCAGUAGCAUGCUUAGCCUGUUGGACGACCUAAAACAGAAGCAAAAUAAGGAGGAAGUUAACAAAAGGAAAGCUAAAAAACGGGCGGAAACACAAGAUCGGACAAUUGAAGCCGAUACGCAAAACCAAGUCAAGAAGGUUAAGGUAGAAAUUACUGGAGUACCAGAGGAGAAUAAUACCAAUAAGAACAAUAAUAUAGAAAUGGAAGUAUCCAGCGAAAGCGAGUCAGAAAGCUCGGAGGAAUCGACCGAAAGCGAAUCAGAGAAAACCGAUAGUGAAGAAGACGACAAGAAAAACAAGGUAAACUCUCAACAACACACCCAAAUAAACGAAAAGGUGACAAUAAAAGAACCCGAAAUAACCAAGCCUCCUUUACCACCAAAAACGAUUGAAAAUUCGGAGGAUAAAAUGCCGUGGAGGCAGCAAAUUCAAAAACCGAAAUCUGAAUUGAGCAGCCCCGAAAAGAGCUCGGUCGGCUUCAAAGAUUUCAAAAAUUCGGAUCUCAACAGUGAAAACGAAGUAACAUUAAGAAGGGCCAGAAGUUUCCAGAAUGACGAAUCGUUCUUCACGAAAUACAAGGCCCUGCAUGCGCGCAUCCAAGCAUAUAACAACGACAGCUCCGCUAUAAUUCCUCCUUACACGAACCACGCCCUCACCACGCCACGCCCCAAGUCUGACAUCAUCCUAACCAAUAGCGCGCAGUACAGAAACAACAAAGACGAUAAAAGCAACGAAGUAAGCACGAGUUCGGCCAAUACAAACGUUAUUUCUUCCCCCACCAAGACUACAUCACCGGCGACGAGCCCUCAACCUCAAAACAACCAAUCAGCGUACAGAAGCGGUCUAAGAUUGUCCCUGGACCAAUCGGCCGCUUCGACGAACGGAAGUAGCAAAGCGGCCACGCCUACUAGCGUCAACACGCCUCCUAACACCACCACCGUGACCACGCCCACGACUCCCGGAGGCACGAGGUUCCAGAUAUUUAAGAAUUUCUUCAAAUCUUUCGUUCCACCCGUAAGAGAUGAAGAGAGCGAAACCCAAAGAAAGGCGCACGCGAAACGUGUGCGCGAGACGAGAAGAUCCACCCAAGGGGUCACAUUGGAGGAAAUUAAAUCCGCCGAGCAGCUGGUCAAACUACAAAAUCAACCGAACAAUAAUAACAAUAACGAAACGUCAGGUGGGGGCGGAGACAGCGCUACUAACUCAGCGAUCAGCGUGUCGGUUACCAUAGCGACGGGUACGCCCACGGUCAUAACGAGAACCGAGACCACGCCCACAGGGAGUGUUUCUAACGAGUCGCCGACGUCGAAUAACGGUUCGGCGGACGCCAAUAACUUGCCCGCGUCCACGGAGAUUCACGAGCGACGACCCUCGUGGCGUCUUAAGGUCGACGGAGGUAGUAAGUUCAAACUAGAGGACGCCACCAAACCGGAAACGCCGAGCACGCCUUCUUACGUCAGACGACUGAACCAAACCACCAAUACGACCCGUCCUUCGUCUGCGCCAAUAGAAACUGCCGAAACCACUGUGACUAUACCGUUUAGGCGGCCUAAAUCGUUUGAAGAAAAAGAUCAAGAUAAAGAAAAUGACGUGAGGAACGCUCAGGCGACGUUAGCAACGCAGGCAGCGAUCCAGAGGAGAAGGCGACCGAAGAGAAGAUCUACGGGAGUUGUUUCUUUUGAAAAUGUAGAGGAUAUGGACCAAGAAAAAGACCCAGCAGGCGGUGGCGAUUCAGUGGAAAACACAAAGUUGGGUCAAGAGAGUGGUUCAGAAAGAAGUAGCAGAACCCGCAUAAGCAGCACGGCGGAUAUAAGAAACGAAAACGGAGAAAUAGACUACAAGAAAUUAUAUGAAGAGCAGUUAGCUGAAAACGAUCGGUUAAAGGAUAAACUUAGGAAAACUGACGAAGAAUUGAAAGAUACGAAACAAACUCUGGAGAAAAUUAAUUUAGUUACUAGUAAAAAUUCAUUAUCAGAAUUAGAAAAGAGAGAAAGAAGAGCCAUGGAACGAAAGUUAAGCGAGAUGGAAGAGGAAUUAAAGCAAUUGCAAAAAUUGAAAGCCGAAAACGAAAAACUAAAGGCGGAGAACCGGUCCCUGACCCGGGUGAUCAACAAAUUGACGAAUUCGGCAAAGAAAUAGAACUUGGACAUCCUCAGGACCGAGAACCAGAGGUUGAAAGACGAGAACGGCGCGCUGAUCCGAGUGAUCAGUAAGCUAUCAAAAUAGCAUAGGACCUAACCGGGUUUUUUGUUUUUCUAUUUUUUUUUUGUUAUUUGUAUGUUGACCGAUAAAUGUUUUUGUAGUUAGUUAAUGCGAAACGAGGUAUGGGAGCUAAAGAAGAAGAGAAUUUACUAAAACCCCAUAAAAGGUUGGUUAAAAACAAUAUAAAUUAAUGUUCAAAAGUUUUUUUUUAGGUUCUUCUUGGCUCCCAUGCCAGUAUCUAUGACGUCCCUUUGUAUUUAUUUUUUUUUAAAUGACGUAUUUAUUUUUCUUUUUUGUAUAUUUUUUGAAGUAUUACUUCUGAAUAUUUUUUUUCCAAUUGAGGCCUAUUGCCAAACGAACCACUUAUAUUGCAGCUUGUUAAAUUUUUAUGUUAAGGAUAAUAUAAUAUAAAACUACAUGCAGGGUGGUUCCUAAUUUGGCAUCCAGUUACUUUAUAUUAAUUUGAGAACAAUAUUAUGAGAAAAAUAAUUGACAUCAACGUUUUUAUGUACCCAUAAAAUUGUUAUGCCAAGGAAACACUUUGUAGAUUAUUCAUUUGCAGCGAAAAUAAGCAUUUCUUGACAAUAUAUUUUUUUUAUCACUUUAUUACAUUUCUAUGUUUUUUUGUUUAUUGCCAGUUUUUUGUUAUAUAUGAAUAAACCUUUAAAAAUCG